AUGGCAAGUUGGAGGUGCAGCAAGGAAACGAUGGAGGUGUACCAAGGCAUGUUUGAGGGGCACCAAGGCAAGUUAGAGGUGCACCAAGGCAAGUCGAAGGUGUACCAUUGCAAGUUUGAGGUGUACCAUGGCAAGUUGGAGGUGCACCAAGGCAAGCUGGAGAUGCACCAUGGCAAGUUGGAGGUGCACCAUGGCAAGUUGGAGAUGCACCAUGGUAAGUUGGAGGUGCACCAAGGCAAGUUGGAGAUGCACCAUGGCAAGUUGGAGAUGCACCAUGGCAAGUUGGAGAUGCACCAUGGCAAGUUAAAGGGGCACCAUGGUAAGUUGGAGAUGCACCAUGGCAAGUUUGAGGUGUACCAAGGCAAGUUAGAGAUGCACCAUGGUAACUUGGAGAUGUACCAUGGUAAGUUAGAGAUGCACCAUGGUAAGUUGGAGAUGUACCAAGGCAAGUUAGAGAUGCAUCAUGGCAAGUUAGAGAUGUACCAAGGCAAGUUAGAGAUGUACCAAGGUAAGUUAGAGAUGCACAAUGGUAUGUUGGAGGUGCACCAUGGCAAGUUGGAGAUGCACCAUGGCAAGUUAGAGAUGCACCAUGGUAUGUUGGAGAUGUACCAUGGCAAGUUAGAGAUGCACCAUGGUAAGUUGGAGAUGUACCAUGGCAAGUUAGAGGGCACCAUGGCAAGUUAG